CUCGACACUCGUGAAGCCAACGCGAUACCUCAAAAUCGGCGCUUGCGGAAGCUGAGUAUAGCAUGGCGCCUUCGACAUUAUCGCCGGACGCAUCAAUCUCAUCGCGCACACUCUCGAUAGGCUCCGCGCAGCCCAUACCAAUGGAGCUAUCCUCGAAUUCCAGUAUAAAUCUGCUCGCCAGCCCAGUCGCAUUCUUGCAGCCCACUGUACAGCUCAAUGCCGCCUUUCUCGCCGCCGCGAAACGAUACCUAGAUCCCGUCGCCGCCGGUGUGAGCGAGUCGCAGACACAGCGCCAACAAGAUGCGCGCAAGAAGCGGAAGCGUGGGGGAGAUUAUGACGGGGACACGAGGGUUCUACAUCUGAAGAAGGUGCAUUUGGAUGGAUUUGGCGUGAACCAGGUGUUCGAGCAGACACGGAAAAUUGUCGAGGCUGCGACUGAGGAGAUUCAGCUUGCUCUGCCAGACUCUGACGAUGACGUCGUGGCAGUGGAUGGAGAGGACGAGGAAGAGGAACUGUCAGACCCAGAGGAGCAAUAUCACACCGGCUCAGAAAUGGGCGAAGAGGGUGUAGACUACGAGGUCGAUGGCAUAGAUGAUGACGAAAAUGCUGUGCCCUCAGACGAAGAGCCUUCGGACGAGGAGGAUGUCGAGAUGGAAGAUGGAGGGGAAGGGACGUUCUCUGACGAAGAAGGGUUAGACGAUGAACCUGCCGCAGAGUAUGUGCCGGAUCCGAACGGCCUCAACGACGGUUUCUUUUCCAUCGACGACUUCAACAAGCAAUCAGAAUUCCUGGAGCAGCAGGAUACACGCGGUGAAGCAGCCGAUAGCGAUGACGAGGAAGUCGACUGGACAGCGGACCCUAUGGCAGGUGGCGCUGGCAAGGGCGGGCUUGGUGGUGACGAAUCAGGAGACGAGUCAGACGAGGGUGGCCCAACAUUCGGCAACGUGGAUCUCAAUGCGCCUGAAGGCGACAGCGAUGAUGACGCAGAAUUCGAUGAGGGUGAUCUCGAUGGCAUGGACGAUGGCAUGAACGCCAACAACGUUAUGUACGCAGACUUCUUCGCACCUCCGGCGCAAAAAGCUGGCAAGAACAAGAAGAAGCGCGGGCGACCGAAUCCACACAACUUCCCCACAAAAACAGCGGCGGAUGAAGAGCAAGAAGAGAAUGCGGACAUGGAGAACACUAUGGCAAGAGUACACCGGGAUUUGUUUGAAGAUGGCGACGAUGCCGAGAGCGAGACCGCUCUUUCAGACGUAGAUCCUUCGGACCCAAAGUCAAGAAAGUCAACACACGAACGGAGACAAGCAAAGCUACAGGAAGAAAUCCGCAAGCUCGAAGCCGCCAACGUAGCGAAACGCCAAUGGCAACUCUCCGGUGAAGCCCGCGCCGCCGACCGCCCGCUCAACUCGCUACUGGAAGAGAACCUCGAAUUCGAACGCGCCGGCAAGCCUGUCCACGUCGUCACCGCCGAGCUCUCCGAAGAUAUCGAAGCCCUGAUCAAGCGCCGCGUCCUCGCCGGCGAGUUCGAUGAAGUCCACCGCCGCCGUCCAGAUGACCUCGCCACAGGACCUGUCCGCCGUGGCAGAUUCGAGCUCGACGACACAAAGGCUAAGCAAAGCCUUGCUGACAUGUAUGAGGAAGAGCAUCUCCGCCUCAACGACCCGAACUUUGUUGAUGCGCGUGAUGAGAAAUUGAAGAAGGAACACGCCGAGAUAACCGCUCUAUGGAAGACACUCAGCGCUAAGCUCGACAGCCUGAGCUCAAGCCACUUCAAGCCCAAGCCCGCAGCACCUAACCUCGAAAUCCGCGUUGACGCACCCGCAAUCGAAAUGGAAGACGCGCGCCCCACAGCCGGCAACGACGUCGCCGGUGCAUCCAUGCUCGCACCACAGGAAGUCUACAAGCCCGGCGACGAUGAAAACAAAGCUGAGAUCGUCACCAAGAGCGGUAUGCCGCUGUCGCGUGACGAGCUUUCGAGAGAAGAGAAGUCGAGCAGGAGGAGAAGGGAGAAGGAGAGGAGUAAGAAGGCGGGGCUUAAUAAGCCGAGGGCGACCAAAGAGGAGGAGAAGGCGAAGAAGGCCAAGGGUGGUAGAGGGGAGAAGAAGCAGCUUGUUAGCGAUCUCAAGAAGGGUGGGGUGCAGAUUAUUGGGAGGAAGGGCGUGGUUACGGAUGCGGAGGGUAAGAGUGUUAAGGAAGCGGCUAAGGCGGGAGCAGGCAGCUAUAAGCUGUGAGGUGCUAUGGUACCGUAGAUUUUUUAGGGGCCAUGGUGGAG